UAAAUAUCGACUCGUUCAGUGUGUGCCAGCGAGCCCAUCCAUAGAUUCAUCUCUCCUCCCUGCGUUAGGGUUCCACUCCCAUUCCUCCUCCGGCCGCCACCUCCGCAUCGACCUCCUCGGUUGCCAUGGGCAUGGAUGACCACGAAUUCCGGCUGCUCACGAUCCCUCCGCCCAUCCACCCCGAGGAUCCGGACUCUCCUCUUCCGGAGACCAUCCUCAUCGACUCGUUCGGCUACCUCAGCAACCGCACCAACGCCACCACUGCCAAUGGCCGCAGGAGCAGGACCAAGAAGAAGGGCAAGCGCAUCCUGGUCACCUUCUGGCCGGCUGCCCCGCUGCGCGUCUCCUGCUUCACCGUCCACUGCCCAGAUCCGAAGGCCGACGCGUACGGCAGCAUCCCCAAGGUCUGCUACACGGAGGACGGCCUCGCCCUGCUCUGCGUCACCAUCUGCCCCGAGCGCCAGUACAUGUACGCCAAGAACAUCCGCUACUUCGUCUACCAGGCCGGCACCAAGAACACUCCGCCGUCGGUCAAGCUCGUCCACUCGCCCCCCGACUUCACCUUCUUCGACCACGAGGUCGCGUUGCUGCGCCGCCGCGACCAGGACAUGUUCUUCAUCGCCGUGCUCCGCAGGGCCUUCGUUGAGCGGGAGUACACCGACGGGCACUUUCAUCUCCACCUGUACAGCUCCAAGACAAAGACAUGGAGCACCAAGCUGAUGCGCCUUGAUUCGCCGCCGGAUUUUGAGUUCCAUUCUCGCAACAAGGGGAUCACCAUCGGAGGGGAGCAUGGCUCCGUUGGUUGGGUCGACCUUAGGCGCGGCAUUCUCAUCUGUGACCUUCUCCUCCUUGACAGCAACCAGAGCCUUCGCUACGUCCCGCUGCCUUCGCCGCUGUCGCCCGAGCCACUACAGCGUUAUCCGUUGUCUGUUCGGAACAUCGUUGUCCUCCAAGGUUACAUCAAGUAUUUCGAGAUGCACAAUAAUGUCAGACCGAGCUCAUACACUGGAAGCUCCCCGAUAUUAGAAGGUUGGAUUGCUGCAAAAAAAAGAUAAAAAUUUCAAGCAUUGGUUCUGGUAGUAACUGGGAGGAGGACUGCACUAUCAGAUGCUCUGAUGAUGUCCCGGUGGAUAACCAUGUGUAUGCCCAAAUGUUACCUAAUCCGCAGGAGGGUGAUGAUACCAAGCCAAACCUGAAGAAAAUUUGUGUAGGCUAUCCUGCUCUUAGCUUGCAUGAUGGUGAUGUUGUUUACCUCAUGCACACACCUGUUCCCCGGGAGGGUAAGGCCUGUGUGAUUGCUCUUGAUAUGAGGAACAAGACUGUAAAAGGUGUGGCUAAUUUUGGCUCUGGAAGACCCCUGGGUUAUCAUUUCACCUACCUUGAGAGUGGGAUCUCCAAGCAUCUAGGCAUUCUCUCAUCGACCAGGCAAAUAUCGAAUGCUGCUGAAACAAAUAGGGAUGUUAAGUAAGAAGCUUGUACAGCAGGCUGCUAUGAUUGGUGUGCAGGCUGGAAAGAAGUUUGAGUUCAAAUUGUUCGAAGGCAUGGUCAAAGCCCCGGUCCAAAAAAAGCUUAAGAUGUCUUUCCUACCUCAUCCGUGAUGCGUAUGAUGUGUUGCAUUGCCAAUGGACUUGUAUUACUAAAAAUCUUCUGCAUUGUAUCGACUAUAUUUGUUGGCCGUGUGUGUC